UGGAAUUUUAUGGAAUGUCAAAAGCGUAGCUUGUGAUCAUGCAAAUUAUUUCAAAUAUUGUCUAUCUGACACUUUGCUAGACGUUCGAAUGUAAGUAUAAGGUUGGCAAAAAGUUGUGGGACCAAAAUUUGUUUUCUGUGCAUGGAUGGAAAGCCAAUGUGCAGGAGAUCAGAGACACUCUACUGUUGCUACUGCAUAUUGAGCUAUAAUUGGAAGAGCUGAUUGCUGAGGAAAUUGCUUGGUCGAGGGGGAUGCUAGCUGAAGAGACCUUGGAUGCUAGCUGAAGAGACCUUGGAUUGCACCCUAGACGACCAGGGUACCAGCGCACGCCCAGACAACACCGGAAUGGACAUCACCGCACGCUGCACACUGGGUGAUCCCAACAAGCUCCCAGAGGGUGUGCCCCAGCCAGCACGCAUGCCCUACGUGUCCGACAAGCACCCUCGCCAGACAUUAGAGGUCAUCAAUCUGCUACGCAAGCACAGAGAACUGUGUGAUGUCGUGUUGGUGGUCGGCGCCAAAAAGAUCUAUGCCCACAGAGUGAUCCUUUCGGCCUGCAGCCCUUACUUCAGGGCCAUGUUCACAGGCGAGCUGGCCGAGAGCCGUCAGACAGAGGUUGUGAUCCGGGACAUUGAUGAGCGGGCCAUGGAGCUGCUCAUUGACUUUGCCUACACUUCGCAGGUUACCGUUGAGGAAGGCAAUGUGCAGACAUUGCUGCCCGCCGCUUGUCUGUUACAGCUGGCCGAGAUUCAGGAGGCUUGCUGCGAGUUCCUCAAGCGCCAGUUGGACCCCUCAAAUUGCCUGGGUAUCCGUGCCUUUGCUGACACCCACUCCUGCCGCGAGCUGCUGCGGAUAGCUGACAAGUUUACACAGCACAACUUUCAAGAGGUGAUGGAGAGUGAGGAGUUCAUGCUGCUUCCAGCCAACCAGCUAAUAGAUAUAAUCUCCAGUGACGAACUGAAUGUGCGAAGUGAGGAGCAGGUUUUCAAUGCAGUCAUGGCCUGGGUCAAGUACAGCAUUCAGGAGCGCCGGCCACAGCUGCCACAGGUCCUCCAGCAUGUUCGUCUUCCUCUUCUGAGCCCAAAAUUCCUGGUGGGAACGGUAGGAUCAGACCCUCUCAUCAAAAGUGAUGAGGAGUGCAGAGACCUGGUUGAUGAGGCAAAGAAUUACCUGCUCUUGCCCCAAGAGCGCCCUCUAAUGCAAGGGCCAAGAACACGCCCUCGGAAGCCCAUCCGGUGUGGAGAAGUGCUGUUUGCAGUUGGCGGGUGGUGCAGUGGGGAUGCCAUCUCCAGUGUGGAACGAUAUGACCCACAGACCAACGAGUGGCGCAUGGUGGCUUCCAUGAGUAAGAGGCGCUGUGGAGUGGGUGUCAGCGUCCUUGACGAUCUUCUCUAUGCUGUUGGCGGCCAUGACGGGUCCUCGUAUCUCAACAGUGUGGAAAGGUAUGACCCCAAGACAAAUCAGUGGAGUAGUGAUGUAGCUCCCACAAGCACGUGCAGGACCAGUGUGGGUGUGGCUGUCCUGGGAGGGUAUCUGUAUGCAGUAGGGGGCCAAGAUGGAGUAUCCUGCCUCAACAUUGUUGAAAGAUAUGACCCCAAGGAGAACAAAUGGACGCGCGUGGCCUCGAUGAGCACCAGACGCCUGGGUGUAGCCGUGGCUGUACUGGGGGGCUUCCUCUAUGCAGUGGGAGGUUCAGACGGCACGUCCCCUCUCAAUACAGUAGAGAGGUACAACCCCCAGGAGAACCGCUGGCACACCGUCUCUCCCAUGGGCACCAGGAGAAAACACUUGGGCUGUGCAGUGUACCAGGACAUGAUCUACUCCGUAGGAGGCCGGGACGACACCACCGAGCUGAGCAGUGCCGAGCGCUACAACCCCAGGACCAACCAGUGGUCACCUGUUGUAGCCAUGACUUCAAGACGUAGUGGGGUUGGACUAGCAGUGGUAAAUGGCCAGUUAAUGGCUGUGGGUGGCUUUGACGGGACAACGUAUCUUAAAACAAUAGAGGUCUAUGAUCCUGACGCUAACACAUGGAGGCUCUAUGGUGGAAUGAACUAUAGGCGACUUGGAGGAGGGGUUGGUGUUAUCAAAAUGACUCACUGUGAAUCACACAUAUGGUAGCACCUCCAGGUCAAAGGCCUCACCGUCGCAUGUGCCUCCGAAAGAAACAUUGUUUAUCAUGCAAGGAACGAAGUCUAUAUUAACUGUAACACAGCCAUGUUAUUGGCAAGCCAAGGAAAUGUCUUGUGACUACAAGCUUUACUGUUCCUGUGUCAAGUCUGGUAGGCUUAUCUAGGAGCCUACGGUUCAUCUCUCUUCUGUACUUCCUGUAUUAUGACUUGACAAGGCCAAGAGGAACCAACUCUGAAUAGAUCAAUGACAUGAGCUAUUGUUUGACAUCAUGGGGGGAAAACCCUUCAUUUCCUCUUUUUCGGUUACUGAAAUGGAAUACUGCAGCCGCACUUUAAGAUACAGUUCAGAUUUUUGCUGUGGUACCGGUUAUACUAUACCGUUUAGUUUCCAUUGAAAUAUUAAAUGGGGCAUGAAGAAGAAUCUUCAAAGAGAACUGAGGGUGCAAGAUGUGGUCUCACUGCUUCCCUUGAUCCUCGUUGUGAAAAGUGGAUGAACUUGUUAGGCAGUUUAAAUCUCUAAAUUAAAUGCACUGUGAAUUU